GGCAGGUGAACGAGGACGAGAUUGGAGAGACUGAGCAUACAGUGGAGCAGGAGGUUUACCGGAAUAAAGGAACUGAAGAUUUCAACAAGGAGUGAACCCCAAAGACCAAGAGUGGAGGCCCUUCCACUGAUGGAUGUGACUCUAUUCCAUAACGGUUGGCGCGAUGCACGAUUCACUCCCGCUCCUGUAUGACAAGAAACCUCAGUCAUGUCAUGACGAAAAUUGUCUCAUGGCCCUGCAUGGCUCCUGUCCUAUCCGAUGCCCCUCACAUCAAUCUGUUCAAACACAGCUCCAGGCCCCUGCAGGAGGCAGAGAUCAGCUGGGGGAACCCUCUCAAACCUCUGUUACAUGGACCCAGAUUACCAGCAUCAAGGACAUGGCUGGGUACAAGCCCAGGGUGAUAGUUCUGAGUAAGAAGCCAGGUCAUAGCUUUGGCUUCUUCCUGAGGGUGGAGAAAGGCGAGGAUGGUCACCUGAUCAGGAACCUUGAGAUGGGCGGGCCGUCCGAGCUGGCGGGUUUGAAGGAUGGAGACCGCAUUCUCCGGGUCAACGGAACCUAUGUGGAUGAAAUGGACCACUCACGGGUGGUGGACCUGGUGAAGGAGAGUGGUGCAUCCGUCACCUUCCAUGUUCUGGAUGUGGCAUCCUACAAGCAGGCCAAGACUGAGGGGGUGGAUCUUUCUGACCCUCACCCCAAACCCACCCAGCCCACCAUGAAUAGAGUUGCAGGAGAGGCACCCAAACCUAAACUCUGCUACCUGGCCAAGUCCAGCGGGGGUUACGGCUUCUCUUUGCGCUCUGUCAACGGUGAGGUGGGCAUGUUCAUGGCAGAGGUAAACCCAGGGGGUGCGGCCGAGAGGGCAGGGGUCAAGGCCAACGACCGUCUGAUAGAGGUCAACGGGGAGAAUAUGGAGAACGCCACUCAUGACCAGAUAGUAGAGAAGGUCAAGGCAUCAGGCAGCAGAAUCAUGUUUCUAUUGGUGGACGAGGACACAGACAAGUUCUACAAGAACAAACGCAUCAAGCUUGGUGCGGGGCUAGCCACAGUGAAGUUCCUCCCACUGAAGCCACGCAUUGUAGACUUGUUCAAAGGAUCAGAUGGCUAUGGAUACUUCCUAAAGGCUGAGCCUAACAAGACAGGCCAUUUCAUCAAGGACAUUGACAGGGGCAGCCCAGCUGAUAGGGCGGGACUAAAGGAGAUGGACAGGCUGGUUGCCGUGGAGGGAGAGGAAGUGGACAGCUCCAGCCAUGAGCAGGUGGUGGACAGGAUCAGGCAAUGUGGCAACAAGUGCUGCCUCCUGGUGGUCGAUGAAGACACGGACACGCUCUACAAGAUGGGAGGCGUGUCUCCUCUUUUCUACUUGGAAGAGAUGGGAUUCCUCCUUCCAGCGAGCCCUCCGCCCAGCUACCCAGAGUGCAUCCCGGCCCUUGUCCCAGCCACCACAGCGCUACUCAAGCUGUGUAAGAUGGAGAAGACCUCCGCUGGGUACGGCUUCCACCUCAACAGUAUCCAGGGGGUCUGUGGCCUGUACAUCAAUGAGGUGGUGAAGGGCGGAGCUGCAGACAGGGUGGGUAUGGAGGACGAUGACAUUGUGGUGGAGGUGGACGGUGUAAACGUGGAGCAGAGCAGUCACCAGCAAGUGGUGGGGUUGAUCCGUAACAGCGGCAGCUCACUGGUGCUCCUAGUGGCUGGGAAGCAGGCCUACGACCACUUCAAAGCCAAAGGGGUGGCCAUCACACCCCAGCUCCUCACCCCCGCACCCACAGCCAGGUCCCCAUCCCCACCCCCCUCCCCCACAGCCAGGUCCCCAUCCCCAUCCCCACCCCCCUCCCCAGCCCAAAGACACACACCAGCCCAGAUAGACACGCCAGCCACUCUGGAGGAAGUCCGAGAGGAGGUGGAGGAGGAAGCUAAGCCAUACAUCCCACUGCCCCAGACACGAGAGAGAACUCCAUCUGUGUCUUCAGCAGCAUCAUCUUGCUCGAGUGUUGAUGAGAGACUCUGAGAAGUCACCAAUUAGAAACAACUUCCUGACUUUUUCUGUCUCCCGUCAACCUUUGUACUAUGCAGGAUAAUGUGGAUAUCUUGGCAUAAACUCUGAUCAAACUAAAUACAUUCCAAUGACAGUCUGUUUAAAGGUAUAAAUAGAAUUGAUUUAAAAUAGUAAUAAAUAUUUAUGCAUUUA